AUGAACAGUUCGGCAGCGAUUUUUAGUUACGGUGAAUCUUCGCCAGUUAUAUUUGUUAACGAUAUUGUAUUACUGCCCGUAGUCCUAUUAUAUCCUCGCGACGUUACGAAUCUAAUAGUAGCGUCACGGUUUUGUCGCUAUGCUUCUCAUAUUGUUGGAAUAGAAUGGGAGCUGCGAGGUUUGGAACAUUGGGAUAAUGAACAAUGUUACAUAGUAAUUUCAAAUCAUCAAAGUUCAUUAGACAUAUUAGGUAUGUUCGAAAUGUGGCCACGCAUGAAAAGAUGCACUGUUGUUGCCAAAAGACCUCUAAUGUUUGCGGGUGCUUUCGGUUUUGGCGCUUGGCUAUCAGGUCUUGUAUUUAUUGAUCGUUUAAAAACAGAAAAAGCACGUCAACUUAUGAAAGAAGCUACGGCUAGGGUAGUUCAAGAGAAGACUAAGCUGUGGGUUUUUCCUGAAGGAGCACGUUUUAACAAAGGCGUUAUACAGCCUUUCAAAAAAGGAGCAUUUUAUUUAGCUAUUGAUGCUCAGAUUCCUAUAAUGCCAGUUGUUUUUAGUCAGUAUUAUUUUCUUGAUAAUGAAUCGAAAACUUUUGAACCAGGAAAAGUAGUUAUCACUACUUUGCCUCCUAUACCUACCAAAGGUAUGACAAGAGAUGACUUAGAGAUUCUUUCAGAUAUGGUGCGUCAACAAAUGAUUGAAGUUUUUAAUGAAAGUUCUAAAGAUCUAGUGAAACAGAAGAAAAUUGCUAUU